AUUAUUAUUAUUAUUUACUGUUGUUGUUUCCUCAUUUCCUGAGUCUAGUCACUUGUCAGUUGCUCAGUUUAUUUAAUUAAUAAUUGAUCACUAUUCACCAAUCAGUUCCUCUUUCUUAAGUUCUAUAUCAAACAGAGUCGUUGUUUUGUGUUUGACGAUAAAUAAGCAUUCUCCCUUGUUGCAGACCACCAAUAAUAAGGUUCACGCGUGUAAAUUACAUUCGGCGUCAUCGUCGGUUGUAUCCUACCGUGUUGUCUGUGGUAUCUUAGCUGGAAACAUGUUGAGUGAAGAACCAGAGAUUUCCUUGAUUAACGUAAAAUUACGUUUGGGUACAAUGACUAUGUAUACUGAAAAAGUGUACAUAGAUUUGCAGUCGCACGUAAGCGUAUUGAGACAUAAAAUUUGUGAAAAAGAUAACACUCUUAACAAAGAUAAUUUUGUAAUGGCUUAUUCUGGAAAUAUCAUGGAAGAUUCUGUUCCUAUUUAUAUGUAUGAUAUAAUUAACGGAGCUACAGUGCAUUUGUUCAAAAAGGUAAAUCUUGAAAAGACACAACCUCUAAAAUACAUUGACAACAGCAAUUCAGGAUUAAUGAAACUGGGUGUAGCAUUUCGUUCACUCUCGUUAAAUAUAUCAUACAAAUGUGCAUUAAUGAAAAUUAAUAAAAUUAAAUUGAUAAACGAUCUGCUUUUGAAUACUCCACAAUUGAAUGAAGAUCCUAUAGCAGUUACUCUUUUACAACAUUCUGAGUUGUUAGUUAAAGUCAAUGAUGUUGGCUUGGUGAAACGCAUUGCGGAAAAGCAUCCUGCUUUGGCAUUAGCUGCAUUGAAAAUUUCUGCAGUUGUUCGUGAACAAGUUGUGCAGAACCACUUGGCAUCAGAUGUUUUGGCCAGAUCUAUAUCUGCUGCCAGUGAUGAAGAAAUAGAAGAUUUAGAUGAUUCAUCUCCUGGAUCAGACACUAACAGUCAACCAAUAAAUAGAAACUUACCUUUUGCCAUCACUGCCGCACAGUUAGCAACAGCUAUAGCAAAUGUAACAACACAGCAACCACAGCCAAGUACUAGUGGGGCAAGUACAUCAACUGGAAAUACAGGAAAUGUGUUGGUGACUCCUAAUAAUGUACCAAGUCAACCAACUAUACCCACAGUUGAUUAUUCACAUCAAUUAGGAAUAAUGAGAGAAAUGGGUCUGUACAAUGAAUCUUUAAACCUACAAGGAUUACGACUUGGAGGUGGUCACUUGGAAACUGCCAUUGAAUUAGUAUUAAGUGGUUUUGAUAUUUCAGACACAGAUAAUAAUACAUAGUCCUAUUUAAUAUUAUUAAAUAAUAUAUUGUAAUAAAUUAAAAAGUAAUCAAUGAUUCUAUUAACAUUUAGUUAUUCUUGCAUUUGAUUCUUGUUUAAAAUUU